GUCGAAGCCGGCUAUGUUUUGACAUUACUACGAAUAUUAAAAAAAACUAGUUUUGUUUGAACCAUGGAAGGGUAGGUUGUGCAGUUUUUCGCAGUAAAAUAUUGCAUCAGAUACAAUGCAAUUAUUAUGAUACAAACGACGAAAAUUACACAUAGACUGCAGGAUUUGCAGUAAUUAAUAAUGGAUCAAUUGCUAACAGCAGAUCAUAAACCUACCAUGCAUAUGUGGAUGACAUUGUUUUUUGCACUGGCAACUUUGCCAUGUUUGAACAUGGAGUAUAUCCCGCCAGGACCUGCAUAUGCCUGCCCUAAGGAUUCUGAUAAACUACUCAUUCACCCAUGUGUGUGUGAGAAGGGAUCAGAUUUAGGACUUUAUGUCAGAUGUGAAAACACAGGGCUAGCAAUAAUGAGCGUUGGCUUAGGAAAUUUGGCGGGAUUGGGGUUGCCAGUUGAAAAAUUGGAGAUAAGAGAAGGGAGAUUUUCUCACAUCCAUGGUUCAUUACUGCAUCGGUCCACAAUAAGGGUGUUACAUAUCGUAGACACGCCCGUUCGCACUAUCGACGUGUACGCGUUCGCAGGUGUGAACAGAACCUUACAGGAGCUGAGGUUCUUCAACACGGACAUGUUUGAGUUCCCUAAGGAGGCAUUUAAGAUUCUUGGAAAUUUAUCAAUUCUAUCCAUAGAUGGACACAAAAUGACAAAACUGGACAAGGACAUAUUCGCCGGCAGCGAAGCCGUUGGCAAACUGGAGAAACUACAUAUUGUCAAUGGCAUGAUUACGGACAUACCCGUGGAGUCGUUUCAGCAUUUGAAAAAGCUGAAAACUCUAGAUUUACACGGUAAUAAAUUAUCAACGUUGAAAAGAAACCAAUUCAAAGGCUUGAGGGAUACAGAAGUAUUAGAUUUGAGUCACAACAUGAUAACAAAGCUAGACGGCAGCCAUAUUGGAGAUUUAACAAAAUUAGGAUGGUGCAAUGCUAGUCACAAUCAGAUUGGAGAAAUAGCAAGAGGAAUGUUCGCAAGGAACACAGUAAUAAAAGUAGUUCAUUUAGAUCAUAAUAAAAUAAAAAAAUUGGAUACCAACAGCUUUAGAGGAAUGCGAUUUUUAAGACGAUUAUUCUUAAAUGACAAUCAGAUAUCUGACGUCGGAAGGGGCACAUUUACAGCGGUCACUAGGAUAGGUACAGUGGAUUUAGCCAGAAACAAGAUCACUAAAGUCGAUUAUCAGAUGUUCCAAGCGGUGAAGUACGCUGAGCUGAUAAACUUAGCAGAGAAUAACAUUAAAAAUAUAGAGGCACAAGCCUUUACCGAUUUAUAUUUGGCCGUGGUUAAUAUAUCACACAAUGCUGUGUCGAGAAUCGAACCCGGCGCGUUCCAGAACUGUAACAAUAUGACACUGCUGGACUUGAGCUAUAAUAAUUUGACUGAUAUCAGCAAGAAAGCGUUCGACGAAAACAGUUAUGCUUCGGAAUUUCAAGUGUCUUAUAAUGGAUUCACGGAUUUUGCACAGAUUCCGAUACAAAACAUGACGGGCAUAAGAGUCCUGAACGCCUCACACAACAACAUCGCCGUAAUACCCAGAAACUCGUUUCCGAAAUUGUACGAGUUGCAUACGGUCGACUUGUCAUACAAUAAUUUGUCUGAGAUAUACAACGCUGUCUUCCAGAAUUUGUUCUCAUUGAGAUUCCUUAAUCUGAGCCACAACAGCAUGGAGCGUAUAAAACCUUCCACGUUCGGUACGAUUCCUACCGUGUUGGAGUUGGAUCUGUCGCACAACUUGUUGGCCGACGUGUCGCGUGGUGGAUUGGCCAAGUUGGCCAGCUGCAGAGUGUUGGAUAUAAGCCACAACCUACUGGACAGAAUAUUCCAGAUCCCCAUCAGUUUAGGAGAGCUUAAUUUCGCUCACAACAACUUGUCUGAGAUAAGGGCCAAUACUUGGCCUUCCAUGAACGCGUUGCUUAGACUCAACGUGUCACAUAACAACAUAGCGGAUAACUUGGAGAGUGGUAGUUUUAGUAGCUUGCUGACAUUACAAGCACUCGAUUUGUCUAGCAAUGGAGUUAGUAGACCGCCAUGGGAAGCUUUAAAUACGAUGUCCAGUUUGCAGUAUUUGUAUUUGCAGGAUAACAACCUAACUUCCCUAUCUAAGUCUGCCUUCGGUAAUCUCCCUACCAUGUUCAAGCUUGACUUGUCGCGCAACAUGUUGUCUUCUAUCGAGCAGCGUUCCUUCAAUGGGAUGCAACAAUUAUUGGAUCUGUCAUUGAGCGGGAACAUGUUGGAACAUAUUCCUAAUGAGGCUUUCAAAGGAUUGGUCGCUUUGAGGAAACUGGAUUUGUCUCAUAACCUCUUGGAGAAAAUUGACAACAAAACUAACGGAUUAUUAGACGAUUGUCUCUCUCUAGAAAUGGUAAAUCUAAGCCACAAUAAAUUCGGUUUCCUAACCAAAAAGAUGUUCCCGUACAGCCCAUGGAUACCGUACAGGCUGCAGGAAGUGGACUUGAGUCACAACGAGAUACCUGUCAUCACAUUAGAUUUGACAUUCGGCACUAAGAAACUGAAAAAACUCAAUUUGUCCGGCAACAUUAUAAACGAUGUUAGAAGUCAUGUAUUGGGCAAUUUGACGUCCCUGGAGAUUUUAGACCUGUCUUACAACAACUUAAAAGAUCUUGUUUCUAGAACUUCCGAAGCCAAAUUCGCUUUGCCCGAAAACAUAACAGAACUGUACCUACAAAAUAACGAAUUAGAAACGCUACCUAUAGACGUUAUAGUUCGCAGCAACCGAUUGAAAGUGUUAGACGUGAGGGACAACAAACUUAAUGCCUUGGAACCUGAAAUAAUCUCAAGGAUCAGGAAUGGAUUGACUGUCAAGUAUCAAGGAAACGGGUUAAAUUGCAACUGCUUUGUCCGUCCUUUGAAGCACUACUUACAUAAGCUGUUACCCUCCAGUCUCGAAUCGACCCCAUACAAUUUGACUUGUACGGAACCACCUAGCUUGCAGGACGAGUCGUUAUUGACUGUAGACGAAGAAAGGUUGUUGUGCAGUGGCAGUGUUGCUAUGGAUAAAAAGAAACUCGACUAUGGUAACACCGAAGGGGAGAUUUUGUACGAGUUCGAGUCGGAACCGGAUUUGGUGUUCAGGGAUAUACAGUACUCACAGGAAGCCAUCUACGCUCACUGGUAUGUAUCCAGCAUCGAAGAUAUAGCAGAUUUUUAUCUUUACGUUAGGGACAGUAAGAAUAACCUGAUAUUCAGCAACGAUAUAUCAUACAACCUGCGCUCGAAAACAAUAGCCUUAGACGAAGAUUUCAAAACGACACUCAAAACUGGCGCCCAUCUUGAAGUCUGCAUUCAGGCAAAGACUUCUAGCAAUCUCCCGCGCAAAUGGUUUGACAGUCAAUGUCAAAAGGUGCCCACGGAUUUUGACAGCUGGCCGAAAAAGUUGAACGUAGACAAGAGAAGAUUGACCAAAAAGAACAAGGUAAGGUACAGUUGGUUCUCAAGAAAUAAUGUUCUUGGUUUGGUUAGUGAUUCGAUUUUGAUCACCCUGUGUAUAUUCUUAGGAGUCUGCCUGAAAUUAUCGGACUUGCACAUGACGUAAUAGUAUUUUUAUAGUUUUUUUUAUUAUAUUAAUUUCGGCUAUUAUUUGUAGCCUUAUUGAGUCUGAUUGCUAUUGUUAUACACAAUAUUUUUUUACUAUUUUAUUUUAAGAUGACGAAGAAAUUAGGUUUUGUAUUAAAAACCGUUUUUUAGACUUUGAAAUUUAUCUCGAAAUUGAGUAGAAUGAUAUCUAUAGCGUAAUUUUGAUGCAUUUUUUUAUAUAAACGGAGUCUCACAUAACAGUUAUAUAACGUUAUUUGAUAUUAUACAGUCCGAUAACAUAUUGUAACUGUAAUUAACGAUAUUUUCAUACAGAAUACAGUUUAAAAUAUUGUUAUGGAUUUUUAUCAGUUAUUUUAAUUUCAUAUGUAAAUGUUGUGUGAGUGAGUCUGUUGAAAAUAAUAAACAUCACAAUCAAGAGAUUGGUAUUAUUAAGUAUAGACGUAAAGGCAACUAUAUUUUUAUUAAGAACUUGUUCAAAAUCAUAAAACAAAAAACUAGCGACCAUCCCUAGUAUUCGCAAGGGUGUAAUUCACGAAUUUAUUAAAUUUUAUGUGUUCAGAUCACAAUACCAAAAAAAAACUAUGAAUAAGGGAUUUUUACAGAUUUUUUGUGGACUUUCCAACAAUUUUCAUACUGAAUAUUACGAACACACUAUAAAAGGGUUACCCUUAUAAUUGAGGAGCUUGCGAACAAAACGGUAUAAUUAAGCAUCUUGUCAAACUACUUUUUUUAACAGUCUGGAGGUUUCGGGCCCGUUGAAUUUGAAUCUCAAAAAAAUUUUCAAUCAAAACCGCCUACAUAAGUAUAAACAGUAUUAAUAUUACUAAAUUUGUGUUUUAAAAACCAUGCCAAAAGCUCACUGUAGCUAUGUCAAAUAGUUUUUUAACAGCUCAUGUAAAAUUUUAUUUUAUAUAAUUAUACCGUUUUGUUCGCCAGGUCCUCAAUUAUUAUGCCGGCAUUUAACUUUUCUAUUCGUAUUUGCUAUUUGUAAACUUGUCAACUUUUUAUCAUGCUUUAUAAGGGUUGAAAAGGACAGACUGAUGUGAAGUUUACAAAUAACGAACACGUAUUGAAAAGUGCAGGGCGGCAUUAGAUGAUAUUCCAUCUUUCACGCAUAGAGGUAUAAGAAUAGAGUAGGGGAGAUAUAGACUCUACUACAAGUGGAAGUGUCCCUCUAAUAGAAAGAGAAAGAUGAUGAAAGACCGCUAGCUUUCUCUCAUCUCAAGCAUCUUAGUAUUUCGAUGUGAUGCUUGGACCAAUUAUUGGACAGACGACUGUGCAUGCGUCACAAGAGAGAGAGAGAGAUAGCUAGCGGUCUCUCAUCUUCUUUCUCUUUCUAAUAGACGGUCACUUUUAGAGCCGACUAACCCGUUCUAUUCUUAUACCUCUAUGCUUUCACGAGGUAAUAACGUGGCUUUAUGUGUGUAUUACCUCGUUAUAAGGGCGAAAUUUGUAGUGAAAUUAUGAAAUAUUAUCAAUGAUGUGACUGUACUUGGUUAGGUAUAUUUUGACACUUUGGUGCUAAUAACGAACUUGAACUGUUUUCUUUGUUAAUAUUUUUUACUAUUGGAGUCUUCGAACAUGACAUAAAGCAUAGUAGUAAUGCUGUGACGUUUGAGUGUACUACAGACUAAAUGAAUGUAAUGUAUUAAUUUAGAGCUCGGAGUCACAAAGUCGAUAAUUGCUUUAGCUGCAUCUCAGAAAUGGGCAAUCUUUUGUUGUUCAGAAGAAGAUCAUUUUGUACUUACACAUAAUUAAUAUUUACUUUUAUACUUAAAAAUUAUAUUGUGUUUUGAGAUUAGUUAAAUUUAAAUCUUAUUAAUCAUUGAAAAAUUAUCGGUGCAAAGGCUUUUUGGCAUGCCCAAUACUUUCUGAACCAAUGUAUUCAUUGUAAACAAUGUUUAGGAAACAAUGUUGCUGAAACAACACGUAGAUGUUUACAGAAACAAUGUUUCUGGAACUUGGCCGUCCACAUCUCAAUUGUUUCAAAUAUAUCGCCUGAGGAUGUAUUCCUGUCAAUUUAAAAACGAUGUUGUCGUCCCAUACUACCUUCAUGUAUAUAAACAACACAGCAAAGGUCCACAUCUGAAGGUUGAUUUUGAAUAAAAUUUCACUUCCAAUUUGGGUAGCUGCCAUUUUAGACAUUAGUUUGAUAUGCUCCUCUUACGCUAGUUGGUUUAUUACUGACUGGCUAUUGCUUUCGACGCAGUACAAGUGCACAUACACCUUAAUUACGCCAUGACACGGCUAUGUCUGUAGCAGCAGUAAGCAGCCAGUAUUAGAUAUUUGUUUAAAAUCCGAAUAAAUGACAUUUUAAGUGAGAUUGCAAAAACUCAUUUGUUUCCAUGCUCUCCUCUCCAAUCGGGGAGCGCAAAAACAAAGCGAGAAACACGUAGUGUUUACCGCAACCCUUUCUUAUGUUUCAGAAACAUAUUAAAUUGGUUCAGAAACACGAAGAUUUUGUUUUAAAACAGUGUUUAUAAACAAUUGUUUCUCUGUAAAUACAUGGCUCUACUGUCUCAUGUCAAGUACAUUCCAUAUGAACAGGGUAAUAUUUAAACUGAUAUUACAAAAAAAAACUUCAUAUGAACAAUUAAAUGUAUAACUAGUGAAUGUUGUCGAAAGUGGUAAACGUUUUUGUCAAUCAAUAAUUUAUAUGCUCACUGUAUCAUUUUAUAGUAUAAAAAUAAUUAAAAAAAAAAACAGGGAUAAAAUAAUUUCUAGUUUUUUGGCAAACGAUUCACUAUAAAGUGCAUCUCAUAAAAAUUUGGAGUCUGCCGGAGACUGAUUACUAUCCUCAUUACUUGAUAUAAGAUCACAAAAGCCUAUUUGACAAUUGUUUUGGAAACGUUCAUAUACUAUUAUAAUAUAAUAUAGGAUUGAAAAAAAAAUACAACUGGAUCAUCGCAAAAUUUUGGCUUUAAUUUUGUUUCUCUACACCUUGUAUUAUAACUAUUGUAAAUAACAUUAUAUGUAAUUUCGAAAAUGAACCUUAUCAAGAAAGCUGUAAAGGUCGAUAUAGUGUGACUUUUAUUUUUAUUUUUACACACAUUGGACUUUAUUCUGGUAUGAGUAUCUAUAUUUGAAAUUAAAACAGCAUGCUUGCAUCUCCUUUUAAUUAUUUAUAGAAUAUGAUAUGGAUAUACUUCAUGUAAACAUAGCUUGAAAGAAAAUACUUUACGUAGUUUGUUUGUUUUGAGAUUACGCGAACAGACAGACAGACGCGGCGUUAGACUUUGAUUUAUAUUAUGUAGUGUUACCAGAAUUAGGUCCAUUGGUUUUUGAUAAACUUACUUAAUAUGACAAAAUAUGGCAAACUAUUAUGUGAUUUGUACUGAGAAUCUCAAAUGUGUUCGGACCGAGAAAUUAUAUUUUAUACAUAAACGGAAGUUAUUUUAUAUUUUACUGAGUAUUCACAUUGAAAGUAUGGAAAUUUAAGCAUUUAAUUAAAAAAAGGUAUGAAGCACUAUGUGAUUGAGUGAUAUCUUUCAUCUUGCUGAUAACUUGUAGACGCAAAAUACCGCAAUACUAUUACAUAUAUAUUGAAUAAAGUUACCAGAGAAUCUAAAAUAUUUUGUGGGUAAGCUUAAAAUUAUAUGUAUUAAUUUUAUUUAUUAGUUUAUUUUUCAAAAUUCAAAAUGUAAAGAUAUUCGAGAUUUAGAACCCUCCAGUAGCUCCUAUUCAAAAGACUGACGAUUUUGUUUUUGCUGCCCUAGACAUUCGGCCCUACAUAGAUGGCUCAGGUAUAGUGGGAGUACUUAACUACGUGCAAGGUUGCUCCCCAUAUGUUAUUCUGCCGCGCUCUAAACCCAAAAAUCACCGCUUGGGCUCCCCUACUAUUAUGAAUGAGAGUGAAAGAUACUACUUUAGUGCACUCUAUUGGCGGCGGUCGCCAAGGGAAGUUGGGGCGGGGACUACUUGUGCCAUUUUAAAACGCAAUAAUGUUGGCGUGUUACCUGUCUAUAUAUUAUACGUCAUACUUCAUUGCCAAAUUUUGUAUGGAAAAAUCUAGUUUGUUCUUUUGUCCGAUAGAUUAUGCUUAGUUUUCAUA